CGUCUAAGUUCCUACAUAUAUUUAUAAGUUGACCAAAGUCAAAUACACCAUUACAGGACAUUUACACAGAUAUUUUUAUUCUACAUUUUUUACGAAACAAAUAAAAGUUUAAACAUUUAUAAGACUCUGACAAGGAAGGACACUUUUGAAAGUUUAAAACCGGAACGGGUGAUUGCGCAAAAGAAAGAAAAACUGGGGAAUUGCAUAGAAACAGUACAAGUGGUGCAACACAAAUUUGUGCAUCAACUCAAAGGCGGUAAUAUGACACCAACAUUGUAUUAUUUACCACCAAGUCCACCAUGUCGCAGCAUUUUACUUUUGGCCAAAAUGUUAGAUCUCGAACUCGAUCUAAAGAUCAUCAAUAUUAUGGAAGGCGAACAAAUGAAACCUGAAUUUCUUGAAAUGAAUCCCCAGCAUUGUGUGCCAACUUUAAAUGAUGAUGGUUUAAUAUUAUGGGAAAGUCGCGCUAUUUUAUCUUAUAUGGUUUCGGCAUUCGGUAAAGAUGACAGUUUAUAUCCAAAAGAUGUUCGUGUUCGAGCUCUGGUAGAUCAACGUAUGAUGUUUGAUUUAGGUACAUUGUAUCAAAGAAUGAUGGAAUAUUAUUUCCCCACAAUGUUUAUGGGAGCUCCUCUGGACGAAACGAAAAAAGCAAAAUUAAGUGAAGCCCUAGGAUGGUUCGAUAUCAUACUAAAGGGUAGAAAAUUUUCAGCAGCUGAACAUUUUACCAUAGCUGAUCUAACGCUUAUGGUGACCAUAUCACAAAUAGAAGCUUUUGAAUUUGAUUUACAAUCGUACACGCGCAUUAAACAAUGGUAUCAACGAUGUAAACAAUUUGCCGAAUCCUAUGAUUAUGAGAAUUUAAAUGGAAAUCCUGCUUUGGUUUUGGCUGAAAUGUUUAAAUCAAAAUUGCAAAAGUAAAAUUAAAGAGGCACACACGUACAAAGUCAAAAUGCUUGUUGGGCAACACGAAUUUAAGAAAAC